AUGAAGAAUUUGCCAGUUGGCCAUCCAAAGUCGGCUCCUCAGAUUCAAGCACCCCGGAGCUCGUUCAGACACCCAAGCACAACGGACCCACGUCGUCAAGAGGUGCUCAGAGUCUUCAAGCGGAGCUACGCUGCCUACAGUCAGCAUGCUUGGAUGCGAGACGAGCUUACGCCCGUCACUGGGGCUGGUAAGGACACUUUUGGCGGGUGGGCGGCUACACUGGUCGACACGCUGGACACCCUCUGGAUUAUGGGCCUCAAGACAGAGUUCUACGAAGCUACCAACGCAAUUGUUGGAAUGGACUUCUCAACCACGCCAGAUGGAGCUGGUGCGGUCAACCUGUUCGAAACCACCAUUCGGCAUCUCGGAGGGCUACUGGGUGCCUACGAUCUGAGCGGGGAACGAGCACUGCUACUGAAAGCCGUGGAGCUGGGAGAGAUGCUGUACAAAGCCUUUGAUACCCCGAACCGAUUGCCAGGCUUCUGGCUGAAUUUUGAAGAAGUAAGGAAGGGCAUCCAGAUUGCGGGGACCAACGACCCUUCAGCGUGUCCUGCGUCGCUGAGUCUCGAAUUCACCCGGCUUUCUCAGAUCACGGGAGACCCCAAAUUCUACGACGCAGCAGACCGCGUGACUCGUUUCCUUGAGGACGUCCAGGACAAGACAAAGUUGCCGGGAAUGUGGCCCGUGACCUUGAAUUUUCGGGAGCAACAAGCACCUGGCGAUACGUUCUCGCUUGGUGCGCUCGCCGAUUCAUUGUACGAGUAUCUGCCAAAGAUGCACCUACUUUUGGGCGGCCUGGACGACACCUACGAGAAGCUAUACCGAGCAUCGAUGCAACAGGUGGUCAAACACCUGCUCUAUCGGCCAAUGCUACCGGACAAUGCAGAUAUUUUGUUUCUGGGUGAUGUACACAUUCCUUGGAACGAGGUUCAGCGGGUGCCGGAGGGGCAGCACUUGACCUGCUUUGCCGGAGGCAUGUUUGGUCUGGGCGGGAAGCUGUUCGACAUCGAUGCCCACAUUGAUAUUGGUGAGCGACUGGCUCGGGGUUGUGGCUGGGCGUAUGGCCAGUUCCCAACCGGUGUCAUGCCCGAGAUUUUUAACCUCAUUCCAUGCGACACCAUAGAAGGUUGUACUUGGGACGAAGACAAAUGGCUCAAGCAAGGCGAUCAGACACUUAACAGAGGCUGGAUGAAUGCUCGCGACCCUCGAUACAUCCUCCGCCCGGAGGCAAUCGAAAGCAUCUUCCUACUGUAUAGGAUGACAGGCAAGGAAGACCUACGCGAUCUGGCUUGGGAUAUGUUCCAAGGGAUAGUACGCUCCACCGAGACAAGCCUCGCAUAUUCGGCUAUUCGAGAUGUGACAGCUAUCGACACGACUGAAAAGGAGGAUUGCAUGGAGAGCUUUUGGCUUGCAGAGACGCUGAAGUACUUCUACCUCAUUUUCUCGCCGGUAGAUCUCAUAAGUCUCGACGACUAUGUGCUCAACACCGAGGCUCACCCAUUUCGACGCCCAAAAUGA